CGGGGCCCGCCGUGCCCGCCCGCCUGUCAGCGCGCCCGCGCCGCCGACUCGCGGAGCAGCCGGCUGGAGCGGGCAGGAAGCGGCGGCGGCGAUGGCGCGGCUGGUGGCGGUGUGCAGAGACGGGGAGGAGGAAUUCCCCUUCGAGAAGAGGCAGAUCCCCCUCUACAUAGAUGACACCCUCACGAUGGUGAUGGAAUUUCCUGAUAAUGUACUAAACCUUGAUGGACAUCAGAAUAACGGUGCACAAUUAAAGCAGUUCAUUCAGCGGCAUAGCAUGCUUAAACAACAGGAUUUAAAUAUUGCCAUGAUGGUGACAUCACGUGAAGUUUUGAGUGCACUUUCUCAGUUGGUUCCAUGUGUUGGCUGUCGUCGUAGCGUGGAACGUCUGUUUUCUCAGCUUGUUGAGUCUGGAAAUCCAGCGCUUGAGCCCCUAACAGUAGGGCCAAAAGGGGUUCUUUCUGUAACUCGAAGCUGUAUGAUUGAUGCAAAGAAGCUUUACACACUAUUUUAUGUGCACGGGUCCAAACUGAAUGAUAUGAUUGAUGCAAUUCCCAAAAGUAAGAAGAACAAGAGAUGUCAAUUACACUCCCUGGACACACACAAACCAAAACCUUUGGGGGGUUGUUGGAUGGAUGUGUGGGAACUCAUGUCCCAAGAAUGCAGGGAUGAAGUAGUUUUAAUUGAUUCUAGUUGUCUUUUAGAAACAUUAGAAACGUAUCUACGAAAACACAGGUUUUGCACUGACUGCAAAAAUAAAGUACUUCGGGCAUACAAUAUUCUUAUCGGUGAGCUAGACUGCAGCAAAGAAAAGGGCUACUGUGCUGCACUUUAUGAGGGUUUGCGUUGCUGUCCACAUGAGCGUCAUAUACAUGUAUGCUGUGAAACAGAUUUCAUCGCACACCUGCUGGGUCGAGCUGAACCAGAGUUCGCAGGAGGGUAUGAACGAAGAGAAAGGCAUGCUAAGACAAUAGACAUAGCCCAAGAAGAAGUUUUGACCUGCCUGGGUAUUCAUCUUUAUGAAAGAUUACAUCGAAUCUGGCAAAAGUUGCGGGCUGAGGAACAAACGUGGCAGAUGCUUUUUUACCUAGGUGUUGAUGCUUUACGCAAAAGCUUUGAGAUGGCUGUGGAAAAAGUGCAGGGUAUUAGUCGAUUGGAACAACUCUGUGAAGAGUUUUCAGAAGAAGAAAGAGUGCGAGAGCUUAAACAAGAGAAGAAGCGCCAAAAAAGAAAGAAUAGACGGAAAAAUAAAUGUGUGUGUGAGAUCCCUGCUCCUUUGCAGACAACAGAAGAGAAGGAAAUAAGUCAAGCAAAGGAAAAUUCGGACUUCAUGGAAAAUAGUUGCAAAGCCUGUGGUAGCGCUGAAGAAGCUAACAAUUGUGUAGAAGUAAUUGUUACUAAUGAAAGCACUUCUUGCACGUGUCCUAGUAGUGGUACCCUAUUAGGCUCACCUAAAAUAAAGAAAGGUUUGUCUCCACAUUGUAAUGGUAGUGAUUGUGGCUAUUCGUCUAGUAUGGAGGGCAGUGAAACAGGAUCUCGAGAGGGAUCAGAUGUGGCCUGCACUGAAGGCAUUUGUAACCAUGAUGAAAAUGGAGAUGAUUCAUGUGUCCAUCGCUGUGAUGACAAAGAGGAAGAUGGAGAUAGCUGUGUGGAAUGUUGGGCUAAUUCAGAAGAGAAUAACACAAAAGGCAAAAACAAAAAGAAGAAAAAGAAAAGUAAAACUUUGAAGUGUGAGAACGAACAUAUUCAGAAACUUGGAAGCUGUAUUGCAGAUCCAGGUAACAGAGAGACCUCAGGAAAUAUCAUGCAUACAGAGUUUCAUCGUGACAAGACCAAAGACACACAUGCUGAAAGCUGCUGUAGCUCGGAAAAAAGUGGGCAGCAGUUGCCUUGGUUUGAGCAUAUGAAAAAUGUGUCACAGUUUGCUGAACCUACAGAAAUGUCACUUGUUCCUGAUACUGGAAAAGGUGCCAAGAGCUUAGUGGAACUCCUUGAUGAAUCUGAAUGCACUUCUGAUGAGGAAAUCUUUAUCUCACAAGAUGAAAUACAGUCCUUUAUGGCAAACAACAAGUCUUUUUACAGCAAUAGAGAACAAUACCGACAGCAUCUGAAGGAGAAAUUUAAUAAAUACUGCCGCUUAAAUGAUCACAAGAGGCCCAUUUGUAACGGUUGGUUGACAACGGCUGGAGCGAACUAAAUACAAUAAAAUAGCUCUGUCUUUCAUUGAAAUUCUCAAGAUGACUACUGCGCCUUCUCUUUCAAAAACUUAAUUUAGUGACUUAUGGCAAAAUUUUAUCUUAAAUUAAUGUGAUUUUUUUUGUUUUUUUGGGGGGAGGCUGGUGGAGGUGAUUUCAUUAAUUUUGUUCUUUCUUCAGGCUUGUAUCUUUAGUUGAGUAGCUGUGCAAGCCUCUCAUAAUUUAAGCCAUCUCUUUUCAUUAAAUGUUUCUCUUACUGUGAGACUUACAAAAAGCGAACUAGUGGCAAAGUAAUGUUGUACCUAUAAUUCUGUACAGAAUGACAAUGAGCUGAAUAUAAGAUUUUACAAAGUAGACAUCCAUUGGCAAAAUGUUUUGGAUGUAAUAUGUUAAAGCGCAAUGUGCAAAAUUUAAAUAAAGAAUAUUUAUUAAUAUGCAUAGUAAAA